GCCACGGCUCCGCCUUAGGGCUCGUCACGCUCGCGACCAAGUGGUCCAGCAGACGUUCUUCCUUCUCCUUCCCCUUCCUUCCCCUUCCUUCCCCUCGGACCCGGCGCCCGGGCUGGCUAUCCAUCCGGUGGCCGGCCGCUGCGGCCCCCAGAGGAGCUCCUCCUCCGGGCCGGAGUUCGGAGGAGAGUCCAGGCCGCUUCCAGGGGGCGAGUGCUCCUGAUUGUGACAUCACAUCCAUCCCCUUGGCGAUGGAGCUUAUUACUAGGAAGAAAGAUUCAGUCGGAGAAUAGCCAACGAGAUGGGUCACUGGGAGUUUCUCUUGUGUGGCACUGAGUGGAGGCAUCAGGGGGUUGGAGCCUUGUGAUCAGGGAACCUGCCCCCCAACACUUGGAAGGACCUGGGUUUCAGUGAUGAGACAUGGGGUAUGAUGUAACCCGUUUCCAGGGGGAUGUUGAUGAAGACCUUAUCUGUCCUAUUUGCAGUGGAGUCUUGGAGGAGCCAGUGCAGGCACCUCAUUGUGAGCAUGCUUUCUGCAAUGCCUGCAUCACCCAGUGGUUCUCUCAGCAGCAGACGUGUCCAGUGGACCGGAGUGUUGUGACUGUUGCCCACUUGCGCCCAGUCCCUCGGAUCAUGCGGAACAUGUUGUCCAAGUUGCAGAUUGCCUGUGACAACGCUGUGUUUGGCUGUAGUGCUGUUGUCCGGCUUGACAACCUCAUGUCUCACCUCAGUGACUGUGAGCACAACCCCAAACGGCCUGUGACCUGUGAGCAGGGCUGCGGCCUGGAGAUGCCCAAAGAUGAGCUGCCAAACCACAACUGCAUUAAGCACCUGCGUUCAGUGGUCCAGCAGCAGCAGACACGGAUUGCAGAGCUGGAGAAGACCUCAGCGGAACAUAAACACCAGCUGGCGGAGCAGAAACGAGACAUCCAGCUGCUCAAGGCAUAUAUGCGUGCAAUCCGCAGUGUCAACCCCAACCUUCAGAAUCUGGAGGAGACAAUUGAAUACAAUGAGAUCCUAGAGUGGGUGAACUCCCUGCAGCCAGCGAGAGUGACCCGCUGGGGCGGGAUGAUAUCCACUCCUGAUGCGGUGCUCCAGGCUGUCAUCAAGCGCUCGCUGGUGGAGAGUGGCUGUCCUGCCUCCAUCGUCAACGAGCUGAUCGAAAACGCCCAUGAGCGGAGCUGGCCCCAGGGUCUGGCCACCCUAGAAACAAGACAGAUGAACCGCCGCUACUAUGAGAAUUACGUGGCCAAGCGCAUCCCCGGCAAACAGGCUGUUGUUGUGAUGGCCUGUGAGAACCAGCAUAUGGGUGACGACAUGGUGCAGGAGCCUGGACUGGUCAUGAUCUUUGCGCACGGCGUGGAAGAAAUAUAGAGAUGCCGAUAGGACGUCAGGAAAAGAGGGAAGCCAGAAAAUCCAUCCUCCAGCAGCUAGACCCUGGGUCCUGGGACUGUCCUGACUACUGUGGCUGCCUCUUAGCCACUCAUCUCCCUGCCUUUCUGGCAUUGAAGGCCUGGGGCACUUUGCUCCACCUUUCAAGUGGGGAACCUAGAUUACUUCCUUUUGCCUAAUUCCUAUCCCCUGAGAUGAAAGAUUCUAAAUUUUCGGCCUGGUUGGCAAAGUGCCCACUUCUAUUUUUCCUGCCUCGGGUCCCUGGUUCCAUAGGUUUUCAGAAAGCACAGAUGCUUGUUCAAGAGGAUCACAGUAGAGUAAGGAACCUCUCACUGCUCACUGCUCCCAAAUCAGGGAUCGGAGCAAGCAGGUCUGUUGUCCCUGAAUGGCAUUUAUAGAGGAGCUUUGGAGAACAGAGAUCCCGAAGAGAAAUGGAAAGGAAGCCCCGGCACCCUAGCAAUAGGGGGAGCAGAUGCUGGGGAUCCUGAACCUCUCUCUGUGCCAAGCAUGCCCUGUUCAGC